AGGAACUUCCGGUAAUUUUGUUAUUCUGCGGGGUCGAUCGACGAUAUCCAGGGAGGAAAAAUGUCCAAGAAAGAGAAAAGUUCGUUAUUGACAGCCAUUGUUAUUGGAGCAGGAAUUCGAGGUUCCAUUUAUGCUCAGUAUGCACACAUAUAUCCAGACCGACUCAAGAUUAUUGGAGUGGCUGACCCGAGAGAAUUUUACCGCAGGAAGCUUCAGGAACGCUUCAAUAUCCAGGAUGAAAACUGUUUUUCAGAUUGGAGUGAGGCGAGUCAGAGAGACAAAAUGUCCGACUGUGUCAUCAUUACUACCCCAGAUCGUCUACAUAAGGACCCUGCCAUUGCUUUUGCAAAGAAAGGUUACAACAUACUUCUGGAGAAACCGAUGGCUGUUAAUGAAGAGGACUGUAGAGAAAUUGUUAAGACAUGUAAAGAGAAUGACGUUGCCUUGGCGAUAUGUCAUGUGCUGAGGUAUGCACCAUGGGCAAUUAAACUUCGGGAACUCAUCGACAGUGGUGUCAUUGGGGAAGUGGUCAACAUCAACCAUACAGAGCCUGUGAGUUCAUCUUUUUUCAGGAAUUUU